UUUCCGUGACACAAAAUAAUAUGCCACGUAUCGACUCAAAAGGUAUACAUACAGUGCUUAAUUUGCCAAGAACGUGAAAUGUGAAAACCCGAAGACUUAAACCGUCAACCAGUAAAAGAUUAUCUGUGGAAACGCAUGACCGUAUUGUUGAAUAUCUAUUCAAAGAAGUUAAUAAUACAAACAGCAAAAACGAUUUGCUAAGCAAAAAACAAAACAAGCAUACAAAUGGCAAAUUUUCUUGAAUACAUAUCAUGGAGAAGUUAUAACUGGUUUGGAAGAAUAAUAUUGAUUGUCUUUGGUGUAGUUUUUAUCCCUGUUACUACUGUUUCAUCAGUUUUAUUUUUUAAUAGCUCAUUUAAUUGUCAUAAUGAGAUUAUAUCAAAGACGAAAGAAAGUUCUCUAUUAAAGAGCAUUGAAUCAACAUGUUUCAGACACUACAAAGAUGGUUUAACUUUUAAGGAUGCUGCUUUUCUUAUGGUAGUUUUAAAUUUUGCCAUUGUCUUAAUUUGGAGUAUUGUCUAUGGAUAUUAUGUAAAGCGUCGAAUUGAACCAAAUGAAAAUGACAGUCCAAUAGAAAACAGGAACGAACAAAGUCAACCUCUACAUGUGGAUUAUAGUGAAGGAACUCCUCAAUCCGACAACGUUGCAUUUAAUUUUUCUUCAUUUUCCAUACACAUCGUUUAUUUAGUGGUUCGCCUCGUCACAUUGUCUGUCUUCGUUGUAUUACUUUUCUCUGCUAAUUUUCCCAUCUACUACACCUGUAAAAGACGUCCAACUUUGAAAGAAAUUUCCUCAUUAAAUCACACCAUUUCUACCAUUGAUUGUGAAAAUCCCAACGGUGAUAAAAAGGAAACCUUAAUUAAAGCUGUUUUAUCUGUCGAUUUUAUUGUAAUAACACUAACAAUUUUGGAGCUGUGUUACUUGACGUAUAAGGCUUGGACUGAUAACUCUUUUAAAAAAGAGAAUAAAUUUUGUACAGUUUACUUGAAUUUUGUACUGCUUCAAAAACCUAAAGAAUGGUUGGAGGAAAAUAUAAAUGAUCUUUACACGAACAAAUUUUUUGAAAUACACGACAACUUUGGUGAUGAGAACAAAGAAAGGCAAAAUCUUGAUAAUAUUUAUGUCAACGUCAUACUACAAGCAGAGAGACAAUUAAAGAAUGCUUUCCCAGAAACGUUUAAUCGGCACGAAAUCUUUCAUUCUUACCUAAAGGUGAGAAAUGAUGUAAAAAAACUAACAAGAGUAGAUGAGAUUUUUACGCCAAUCCCAGGUGAGCAGAGCACGUCGUGUCCAAGCUCUAUUUUAGUCAUUGGAAGGCCGGGAAUUGGUAAAACUAUGCUGACUAAAAAACUUAUAUACGAAUGGAAAAAUAAUCGAGAUGAAUAUUGGCAAGAUAAACUUGUUAUUUUAGUGAGAUGUCGUGAUCUUGAAACUUGCGACACUACUCUAGAAGAAAUGUUAAAGCGGUGUGAUGGACUAAAAGAUAAACAUUAUUCUCAAGUUUACAAAUUCAUAAUCACUUAUCCAAAACAAACUGUCAUUAUCAUCGACGGUCUCGAUGAAUUAUUUCUAAAUCGUUUAGAGCUCCAUGAAACAAAGAACCCUGUAUUUAAACUAAUAAAAAAGUUAGUUGAAGGUGAAACGCUGUCUGAUGCCACUGUUCUAGUAACAUCACGACCCACAGCUGAACAUGCCUAUGGAUGUUUAAAGUUUGACAGGACUGUAGAAAUCUUGGGCUUUUUUGAAGAUCAGAUUAAAGAAUACGUCGACAAGUUUUGUGGUAAAAACAAGAAUACGGCUAAAAGCAUUUAUGAGCACAUUGAUACUUCUCUUGAACUUAAAAGUUUGUGUUAUAUUCCUGUGAAUAGUUACAUUGUUUGUCUGACCCUAAAAGAGAGCUUGACAUGUAAGGCUGAAGAUAUUCCAAAGACCAUCACUAAGUUAUACAAUAGAGCAAUCAAAGUCUUGCUGUGGAUGCAUCAUCCACUUUGCAAAUCAGGUAAAAUACCAAGAGAAAAUGAUUAUCUUAUAAUUCCUUUGCCACCCGAGCUUAAAAAAGAUAUUGACAAAAUAAAAGAUAUUGCAGUUAGUGGAAUUACUGAAGGAAAUUUAAUUUUUGAAAAAAGAAGUAAUAGUGCUUUUCAUGAGGUAGCAAAUUGUGGUAUAUUUCACCGUAUACAGGAUGCAAAACGCUUACAGUACUGUUUCCUUCAUUUGACUAUUCAAGAGUUUCUGGCUGCGCAAUGUAUUGUAGACGAAUGGAGCAAAAUUCCCCAGUUUUUGGAUUAUAAUAAACUUGAUCCUAAAUGGCACUUGGUGAUACAGUUUGUCGCUGGUUUAAUUGGAGACAUGAAGAGAUCUGGCGGCAUAAUAGAUACUAAAACAUUAGAAGAUGUUGAACAAAGGUAGGGUCUUUACUUUCGUUUGUGGUGAAGUUUGAAUUAUUGUCUUUGAUGAGUUUUGUUUACACAGUUUUUAGUCCUGCUGAACAGGAAGCGCAGGAACACUAACUACGUUUACUACAUAUGCACAGAGUUGUUGCUGAAUUGUUAUAAGAAAUCGCAGCAGCUUCAUAUUAAGCUAGCAUAUAUUAUACAAGGCAUAAUUUCAUGCUCUUCAGCAGAGUGUUGUUUCAGUUUUGAAAAUGUCGCUGAGUUGCAUAAGCGUCUGUCUGUUUCGAAACAAAGUUUCUGCCUUUUUUACUAUAUUUGCACUUUGAAUCUAAUGCUGUUAUCAUUGACGCCGCAAUGUAAAGAAAGUAUAAGGGCUAAGGCCUUUUACUUAACUUAUAGCGUAGGGUGCAUUAAUUUACAACUAUUGGUUUAGUGCUCUUUACUUAAAACAGUUCUGUUAAGAACUAUCAACUUAUUAUAUUACUUUUACCAUUCACCAUGGUAUUUGCUGUCUUUAGAACUAUUAAUAAAUCAGUUUAAAUUUAAAUUGUGUGUAUAUUAUGCAGUAGAAUGUACAGAAUACAGAAUACAUGAAACCAGUCUGUACAUUUCAUUUAAAAAUUAAAUAACUUCAUUGUUAAAAAUACAAGCACUGUUGUUCUUUGAAUGAAAUAAUACACAGUACAAGUCACUCGUAACACAAUCUUCACUUUAGAAUCAAGCAAUCACUUGGCUAGCAACUAGAAAAAAAAUCAAAAAUCAAUUAUAAUGAACUUUUUUCAUAACUUUUACAGAGCACAAAUUGCUAUGAAGCAACGUUAUAAUAAUUACUAUAUACAAAAAAAAUUGUAUACCUCAAAAAAUAAUAUUUGAUAUCGAAAA